AGCUUACGUCACUGGUCACGGGAUUUAGCGCCAUAUUGAUGAGGGUGUUUGUUUUCCGUACUGACAUUUGUAAUCUAUGUGAUAGGAAAACAUUUUUGCUUCAGACGGAAUCAUUUUAACCAGAUUAUGGUUUCCUUUCCUGGUUAUGCACUGGACUGAAGAUGUUUAUUCACUGACCCUCUUUUUCUCUAUCAUACUGGUACCUUCAAAUAUGAGCCUAGGCUCGUAUCAUUAAUAGAAUCACUGGAGGACUACACACACUGCAAUCUGUCAGCCCACUUCCCAUUACUGUCCAACAGAGCUUUCAGCUGAAAGCAUACAAAGAUAGAACUACUCUUGUAAAUUUUUUGUUUGUCUCCUGACAACUUUGUGUAAAAAUGGCAUCUAGAAAGAAAGUGCUGUUGAAAGUUAUCAUUUUAGGAGACAGUGGAGUGGGCAAAACAUCUUUAAUGAACCAGUAUGUGGCCAAAAAAUUCAGCAAUCAGUACAAAGCCACAAUAGGAGCAGAUUUCUUAACUAAAGAAGUAAUGGUUGACGACAGACUUGUUACAAUGCAGAUCUGGGACACUGCUGGUCAAGAAAGAUUCCAGUCAUUAGGUGUAGCCUUUUAUCGAGGUGCUGAUGGUUGUGUCCUAGUCUUUGAUGUCACAAUGCCAAACACUUUUCGCUCUCUUGACAGUUGGCGAGAUGAAUUUCUGAUUCAAGCAUCUCCUCGUGACCCAGAAAACUUCCCCUUUGUUGUUAUAGGCAAUAAAAUUGAUUUGGAAAACAGGGCAGUAUCAGCACGUAGGGCUCAAGGCUGGUGCCACAGUAAAGGUGACAUACCUUAUUUUGAAACAUCUGCUAAAGAGGCAAUCAAUGUGGAACAAGCAUUCCAGGCUGUGGCUAAGAAUGCUAUGGCUCAAGAAUCAGAUGUUGAACUGUGCAGCGACUUCCCAGAUCCUAUUAAACUUAAAGAUGAUCAAGCCAAACCAAGAGAAAACUGCGCAUGCUGAAGUUAGUUGUUAGUAUUUGUACAGUCUGUUUUUUUUUUAUACCAUAUACAUUAUUGCUGAGGAAAAAACAACAACACAAUUACUUAUUUAAAAAAUAUACAUCUUUCAGUUGAUUGUCUUAAAAACUUGUUUUCUAAUAAUGUCUACUAGAACAAAACCCAGUAAAUCUGAAAACUAAAAUUAUUGCAAAAGUAUUUUAUUUUAAAAAGUAUUUUUAUUCCUUUAAAAAUUUGAUAAUUCUCUGCAAAAUACCUAGUGUAAAUGUGAACCUUUUUAUUUUUCUGUUAUUCUAUUGGCUAAGUAAAUGUCAGUAUGUGAUUCUGAAGAACAUUCUUGAAACGUUGAUGAUUUUCACUGCUUAAUAUAUUCUUUUGUUUGUUUACUUUGAAUGUCUGACAUCACAUUAUUACAUACUUUUUAAACAUCAUUCUUUUAUUCAAAAAAAAAAAAAAAAAGCACCAUGAAAACUAAAUGAAUAAACUUUGUACAUGUAACAAAUCUGAACCUUUUUAGUGCAUCCUGUAAUGGCUUGGUACUUUAUAGAGAUUGUUUGACUUUGUAUUAGAGUUCUUUUUUUUUUUACAUUUCAAUUAUAUUGUUUUAUUUAAGUUAUUGUGUUCCAAGUUAUAUGUGAGUACAACACACUGUCACUGUGAUGCUAGUACUAAACAAAUUAAAACCGUUUUGGAGUUUUUUUGGGUUUUUUUUUUUUUUUUUGUGUAACAUAAUUAAGGUUACAACUGAAAACAGUUUUGCUGUAAAGUCAGAAACCAGGACAUGGUGAUAUUCAUUGAUGACCAGUGGUACUAAAGUCAGUUGAAGGAACUCUUGAUAAAUGUUAACUAUGUUAAUAUAUAAAUAUCAAUGUUUCUUAAUCUACAGAAGAUGCUGGUCCUGUUUACAUUAUGCCCUUUUAAUAUUUUUUUUUUCAUUUUAAAGUCUUUUGUUCUGUUUAUGUCUCAAGAUAAUUAUUCUUCCUAUCUUCUUGACCAAGUGUUGAUUCUUGUAACAGAAGAAUAAGUGUUGCAAUUUAGUUGAUUGAAGUUCUGCAUGGUUUAAUGUGUGAAAGUAUGUGUGUUUUAAGUCAAGAGCUUUCAUUUGUAUUUGUGGGUUGAAUAUAUAUUAUUGCCAUGAUCACCUUGACUUCAUUGUGUUGGGCUAAAGAAAAUGCUACUAGACUAGCUCUCUUGUAGUUAUCACUGAUAUCUAAUUGUUAACACAUCAUGUAAGGUGUUAUAGUCAAUUUUUUGUAUAUUAAUUGAUAUACAUAUUAUUAUAUAAAUAUAAGCCAUACAGCACAUAUAGUGAGAACGAAAAAGAAGAAAGAGAAUGAAGAAGCACACAUAGUUAGUUAUAAUUGUUAGGUUGGUUCUUAAUAAGUUGUGAUAAAUUUUAGUACAUGAAAUCUGUUAAGUUGGUUCUUAACAAUUUUUUAAUAAAUUUUAGUACAUAAAAUCUUCUGGAAGUUUUUUUUUUUUUAAAUAUGUUGUUGAGGUGUUGGUUUUAAAUGCCAUCAAAUUAUAUCAAGUAGCAUUCCAGGCUUAUGUCAAUGAACCACUACAUAUUUAUUUCUAGAGGAUUUCUGAAGGCAACUAUUGCGAAAGCACUAAAACCAGUUCUAACAAAGUUAAUGUAUUUUUUAAAGCUCAGUCCAAACACAAAUGUAUAUGAUAUUGUAAUUGUUACAAUGUAUCCUGUAUUAUUAAUUUGUCAAGGCUGCUUAUGCUAUAUUUUUUCAUUGUUUUUUCCCCUCAUUGUUAACAGGCUUUAUGGUAGUUCAAUUUACACAGACUAGAGAUGUCAUUGUAUGACAUAUGGUUUGAAAUAUUAUACUUUUCUAUGUUCUUUGAAUUGAAUGAUAAGCUACUCAACAUAUUUAUUCAGUUGGGCCUUGUGAUAAGACUGUCAACACACACCUAAGUGAGCAUGAGCGAAUGUGAAUCAUUAUGGUUGCAAUACAUGAACAACUUUUUGUUUAUAUGAUUCAUUGAUAAUAAAUGUCUAAAGUCAAA